ACAAAAUCCAUCCCCAUCAACCUUCCAAAGUAGACAGGGUCCUUUCCUCAAGCCCCCAAGAAACUCUCUUUAAAACUCAUCUCCUUCCCUGCCAAUCUUUCAUCAAAUAUCCCAUUCUUUUUUUCUCUCUAUCAAAUUUGCAAAAUCUUCCCCUCUCCUUCCUUUUCUCUAGAAAUUCCUUUCCGGUGACAUUCGAUACAAUUGGAACGACAAGACCAAGAAGAAUAGCCCUUAGGAUCAAUGGGGAACUACGUUUCUUGCACUUUAUCAACACCACUAGGAAAAUCAUCAAAAUCAACAAAGGUGAUUCUCCCAAGCGGUGAAAUCAGGCAAUUCAAUGAACCCAUCAAAGCCGCUGAGCUCAUGCUUGAAACACCAAACUUCUUCCUCGUAAACUCUCAAUCUCUCAAGCUCGGCCGCAGGUUUUCACCUCUGCAUGCUGAUGAAGACUUAGAGUUCGCCAACGUCUACGUCAUGUUUCCGAUGAAGAGAGUGAACUCUACGGUGACCGCAGGUGACAUGGGAGCUUUGUUUCUUGCUGCAAACUCGGCUGCUAAAAAGGGUUUUGGUGGGGAGGUGAGGAUCUUGCCAGAAGCUGAAGAGGCUAAUUUACGGGAUGUUUCAUUGGAAAAUAUCGAGGAGAAAGAGGCAAUGCCGAAGCUUAACUUGGAUGAUAUUGAAGAGUUUUCAACUCCAGGGUUCAUGCAUAGAUUAUCAAUGUCAAGGUCUAAGAAACCAUUGCUUGAAACCAUAGCUGAAGAGCCUGUUUGUGCCAGAUGAUGGGCUAUGUUGGUCUCUCUUUAUGGUUUCUAGCAGAGAAAAUUAUAACAAAAAUUAUAUAUUUUGGUGGAGAUAGCUAGCAAAUUAGCUAUGGGGUUUCAAUUUGUGGUAUUAUUUGCAAGUUGCAAGCUUUAUGGGGAACUUGUUUUGGGAUCUGAACAGAAAAUCGAAGAUUGGAUGUCCAGAUUUUGAAGAAUGUUUUUGGAUGUGACAGCACAGGGAAAAAGGGUCAUGUUGAUUGUAUAUUCUUUAGAGUUUUGAUUUUGAUUAUUUUCUAUAUUCUAUGUGGGAGUCAUGUGCUGAACAGUGAGCAUCCAUCAUAUCAGAACUUAGAACAGAAAAGGAAAAUUAUAUGUAGGAAACAGAUGUAUGUAGUGCAUGAUUGUUUUAAACUGUUGAUAUAGAAAAGAAAAGUUUGUAUUCUCAG